CUGUGCUUGUCUGAGCUGUGCGUGAUCGACAGAAACAGAUCUCUGUGGUCAUGGCGGAUGAGGUGUCACGAGCUCAGAGCGCGCAGUCGGGAGGAGACACGAUUUUCGGCAAAAUCAUCCGCAAAGAGAUUCCUGCCAACAUCAUCUACGAAGAUGAUCAGUGUAUUGCCUUCCAUGAUGUGGCCCCUCAGGCUCCCACUCACUUCUUGGUGGUCCCCAGAAAGCCCAUUCCUCAAAUCUCUAAAGCAGAGGACGCUGAUAAAGAGCUCCUUGGACACCUGAUGAUUGUUGCUAAGAAGUGUGCCGAGCAGGUAGGCUUGCCCCGAGGGUAUCGACUGGUGCUCAAUGAGGGUCCUGACGGGGGUCAGUCUGUUUACCACGUUCACAUCCACGUGCUGGGGGGUCGUCAGCUGGGAUGGCCUCCUGGCUAACUGAUUUUCUCAGGAUAACACUUUCUCUCAAGUCAUCUCAUUGUUCGCCAUAAGUGAGGUUAAUUGUUAAUUGUUAUGAGGUAAAAUGUCAAGUAGGAGUCUACCAAAAAUACAACUGUCUAAGGACAUCAAUAAAAACCCAUUAAUGUU